CGGAAAAAAUGGCAGAGCAGAGGCAAAUCCGUUUCGGAAUACUGGGCUGCGCCACCGUAGCGCGCAACUUGGCCAGAGCAAUAUCGCUGGCUCCGAACGCGACCAUCUCCGCCGUGGGCGGCAGCACGGCGGAGAAGGCCACGGCGUUUGCCGCCGAGAACGAGUGCCCUGCCACCGCGAAAAUUUACGGCGGUUACGACGCCGUGCUGGAUGACCCGGACGUGGACGCCGUUUACAUCGCUCUCCCCACCAGCCUGCACGUGCGGUGGGCCGUCCUGGCGGCGCAGAAGAAGAAGCACGUGCUGGUGGAGAAGCCGGCGGCGCUGAACGUGGCGGAGCUGGAUCGGAUACUGGCGGCGUGUGAGGCCAGUGGGGUCCAGUACAUGGAUGCUACCCCGUGGAUGCAUCAUCCUCGAACUGCUAAGAUGAAAGAGUUCUUCUCUGAUCCUCUGCGCCUUGGCCAACUAAAAUCCGUGCACUGCAACGUUUCCUUUUCCCUUAACAUCCACCCAGGCGAAAAGCCAGAUGUGGAUGCGGUGGGGGCUCUGGGCGACGCCGGCUGGCACAGCAUCAGCGCAAUCCUAUUGACCACCGACUACGACCUCCCGGAAUCAGUGACGGCGUUCCCCGACCCGGAGGUGAACGAAGCCGGGGUCAUUCUCUCCUGCGGCGCAUCCCUAAAAUGGCAAGACGGCAGAGUCGCCACUUUCUACUGCUCCUCCGUGGCCGAUAUGGCCAUGGACAUCUUCGCUUACGGGAUCGCCGGAAAGCUGCGCGUCCACGACUUCGUCAUCCCUUUCGCGGAACAGUCUGCGCCGUUCUACACCUUGGAAAGCUAUCGGUUUAUUGAGCACGGCGUGAAAGCGGAUUUUCCUCAGGAUGUUCUGAUGGUGAUUGAAUUCUGUAAUCUCGCCGGGAGCGGAAGUGCGCCGGAGAAGAAGUGGGCGGUUAUCAGCCGGAAGACGCAACUGGUGGUGGAUGCGGUCAUGGCAUCCAUUCAGAAAGGGUUUGAGACUAUUAAGGUCGUGUACUAGUAUGUAGUACGUACACUACAAAAUUUAUAUAUAUAAUGCACUCAUAUAUACUAAAUAAAUUUAUUCCAAUAAAAUUGUUUCUAUUCUGUUCUUAUUAAACACUGCCUUGUGACAA